UUGUGUUUUUGUGUUUUCCGGAAUUGUUUAAAUUUUAUUCUGAUUUUAAUGUGUUUGUGUUUUCCGGAAUUGUUUAUUCUGUUUAUUUAUUUUCCGGAAGGAUGUGUUUUUAAAUUUAUUCUUUUCUGUAUUUUUUGUUUUCUUGUGUGUGUUUUCCGGAAAUGUUUAAUUUAUAUUCUGGUUGUGUGUUUUUCCGUUUAUUUUGUAUUUUUCGGAAUUUUGUAUUUUUGGUUGUGUUUAUUUUUGUGA